AUGUCGAUCGUGAAUGAUAAUAGCUUUUCUCCAAUUGUAACACAAUCUGGUAAUGAUGGAAUAAUGUUCAAGAACUAUCAUUUCGGAUUAAAGCGCACAAAUAAGAAUGGAAACAAGGUGUGGAUUUGUACACAUAAAUCUUGUAAUGCUUCAAUUACCACUAAUGAAUGCUCAAUUUUAAAAACUUCAUCUAUGAAAUCAGAUGGAAGACAUGACUAUGAACAUUCAGAAAAAAUGUCUUUACAUGUAUAUGAAUGUAUGAAAUCUAUCAAACGACGAAUUGAAGAGGAACCUACAGCACCAGUUUCAUUUGGACCACGAGGACCACCAAUCGGAGGAAGCGGCAGUGGUCCACAAGGCCCACCAAGUGGUGGAAAAAGUAAUGCACCAGGAGGGCCACCAAUCGGAGGAAGUGGCAGUGGUCCACGAGGUCCACCAAGUGGUGGAAACGGUAGUGGACCAAGAGGGCCACCAAUCGGAGGAAGCGGCAGUGGUCCACAAGGCCCACCAAGUGGCGGAAACGGUAGUGGACCACGAGGACCACCAAUCGGAGGAAGCGGCAGUGGUCCACAAGGCCCACCAAGUGGUGGAAAAAGUAAUGCACCAGGAGGGCCACCAAUCGGAGGAAGUGGCAGUGGUCCACGAGGUCCACCAAAAGGUAGUCGUAAGAAACGUUCAUACUUCUCGCAUUAG